AUUUUAACGGUCCGCCCGCGGUCACACUUUGUCAUUCACUUUUUGCUCUUUGCUCGGUCGUAGUAUCGGCCAGCAGCUAAAUUUUCGAGAAAUUCAGUCCAACUGAUUAGGACUAGCGACCGUUUAGUACAAAGCCAACGUGACAAUAACUCAAUUAUGUGUCUUGAAUAGUGCGUGCAUUUACUUACAUAGGUUUUCAUUCAUCGUUUAUGGUUCAUCUCGGCUCUCUUUCGCACUCGCAACUUCUUUUGGCUGCCAACGUGACCCCGAAAGCUAUCCUUCUCGCGCACACUUUCACUUUGGAACAACAGCAACGAACAAAUAACCUAGCUUAAACAAUUAUUGUGCAAUACUGAUUAGCGAAACUUUUAAGCGAAUAAUAAUGUCGGCGCAAGAAAAGGUUAUUCGCGUUGGAUCGCGAAAGAGCGAGCUGGCUCUGAUUCAAACAAAACAUGUCAUCGGCCGACUGCAGAAGCUAUAUCCCAAGCAGAAAUUCGAGAUCCACACCAUGUCGACCUUCGGCGAUCGUGUGCUGAACGUUUCACUGCCUAAGAUUGGCGAGAAAAGCCUAUUUACCCGCGACCUCGAGGAUGCUCUGAGAAACGGGGGAGUAGACUUUGUGGUGCACUCGCUUAAAGAUCUGCCCACGGCGCUGCCAACAGGAAUGGCGAUUGGAGCUGUCCUAGAGCGAGAAGAUGCCCGGGAUGCGCUGGUUUUGCGGGAGAACUUCAAAGGCCACACGAUUGCCUCGCUUCCCAAGGGCAGUGUGAUUGGAACAUCAUCUCUUCGUCGGACUGCCCAGAUUCGUAGGAUGUAUCCUCAUUUGAUCGUGUGCGAUAUCCGUGGAAAUCUUAACACUCGCUUGGCCAAGCUGGAUGCCGCUGAUUCAAAGUUUUCUGGGAUCAUUCUCGCUCAGGCAGGCCUGGUCAGGAUGGGCUGGAUGAGUCGCAUCAGUCAGGUCCUAGAGCCGACCGAUUUGCUCUAUGCUGUUGGCCAAGGAGCCCUGGCCGUGGAGUGUCGAGCUAAUGACGACCAAGUGCUAGGCAUGCUCCAGAAACUGAUGUGCCUAAAUACAACGUGCCGCAUCCUAGCAGAACGGAGCUUCCUUAAGACCUUAGGGGGUGGUUGCUCUGCCCCAGUAGCAGUUUGGAGUAACCUGAAGGGUGAACCCUUAAAUGGAAACAGCGAGGAGGUAGGACUUUCCCUUACCGGUGCGGUUUGGAGUCUGGAUGGUGCCAUAGAGAUACGGAAUCAUCUUGCUUGUGCCUUAAAUGAAAAGAAAUCGGAGGUGGAGCAACGGAAACGAGGAGCCCAGGAAAGCUCCAGUCAGCUGCAGGAGGAGAACAGCAGCAGCUGUGAUUCCCCGCCAGCUAUCAAGCGUGCAAAAAAUGACAACGACACCUCUGGCUCAGAUUCUAACUCAAGUAGUCCGCGCCAGCAAGGCAGCCCUCCGGUGAUCUGCGAGGAUUUGGCCGCCUGCCAGGCUUUAACCGGUUACAGUGUGGACCAGCUUUCUGAUUUGGCUAGUCAGUGUCCAGUGCUUAGCAAUAAUAGUGCUGUAACAUCUUCUGCAAUUGGUGGUGGCGAUGCGGAUACCACCAAUGCCAAUACAACUCCCCGACAGUGCCCGCUGCGAAUGGUUGCUGGUCAGGAUGUGAUGGGUCAGUGUCCAGUGGCGCACAACCAGCCAAAGGCGCUCGCUAAAUGUCCAGUUGCACAUGAUGACUCCGGGGAUUCCUCUAACAAAAACAAUGGUAAUGAAAAUGAAGCUUCCACGACUGCCCACUGUCCACUCCAGAUGCCCGUCGGUCAGGACUUUAUGGGCGAAUGUCCGUAUGUGAACAAGGAUAUUAAGGUAUCCUAUGCCCAGGCGGGGAAGUGUCCAGUUACGGGCGGAGUGGCAGCAGCACCAGCUUCCAUUUUACCCACGCCCCCGAGCAGCAGAGCCAGUAAUGCCAGCAGCAUUGGUGAUGAAUUGGACAAUGCGGCCACUUCCUCCAAGUGUCCAUUUGCGGCGAUGCAUCAGGGUAGCGGACUAGAGACGACAGUCAAAGAUAAUGGAAACGCAGCCCAAGCCAAGUGCCCGUUCCUACAGAAAACGGUCCAAAUGUUUGAUUAUGCUGACGAGGAGCAGCCGACACCCCAGCAAUCAGUGCUCAUUGAAGAUGUGCAGAACCUGUUCUGUGGUCUCUACCAACAUGCCUGCCACAGUCGGGGGAUCUACGAAAAGGCUAACCAAUUGGGUAAGACACUGGCGGAGGACCUGAUCAAGCGAGGAGCCCUCGAGGUGAUGAAGGUGGCCCAGGCAGAGAUUCAUGGGAAAGUGGCCUCGUCCUGAGUUUUAAAGAUGCAUCACAAGUGUAACUUCUCCCACCUCCUAUCACCGUCAUCAAUAUCAUCGUUUACAUUAAGUAGAAAAGUGUAACUAGACAAUAUUAUUUUCAUUUCGCCCUCGUUGUUAAACUCCUGUGGAGAAUCCAUGCUUCCCCAUAUCGGACCUCUGUAUUGUAUUCAAUCCUUGUGCUCUGCUAGGCGAACGGCUCUCGCUUAAUGUUGGUUUUCGCGUAAACGCUAUUUUAGUUAUGUUUUUGUUUGGGGAAUAUGACAAAUAAACGUGUAAGAAAAAUUAA